AUGUCUUUGCCUUUAAGAGUAUCAAAAAGAAAGAAUAAAGGGAAAAAUAAAUAUAUAGAAGCUUUAUUAAAGGAAGAAAAUGAACUAUUGACUGUAUCAAAUAAAAAUAACCAGAAGUUUAAAAUAGAUAGAGGUUAUAUUGUGUAUUGUAAUGUUUGUAAUACUACUGAUGAUAACUACGAUGAAUUGACUGAUCCAUUUGGUGAUAUGAUUCAAUGUGAUAGAUGUGACACUUGGCAACAUAUUAAUUGUAUUUUAAAAAAUCAAAGUCAACCAAUAGAGAAGUUUUUCUUAGAUGAUAACCAAUAUAUUUGUAAUCAAUGUGAUCCAACACGAUACCCACAUCUUCUAUCUCUUAAAGUUAAUCAUACUAAUAACAAUAAUGAAAACAAUACAAUAACCACUUCUGCUGCUGCUACUACUAUUACUGCUACUACUACAACUACUAACACUACCAGUACUAACAAUACACUAAUUACAUCUUACAAUGAUCUUAAAGAUACAAAUCAAAAUGUUCAAAGUAAUACAGCUAUACAAGAAGAUGAGAAUGAAAAUAAUCUUGAUAUUUUGGAUGAAAUUUAUGAAAAUGAUUUUGAUACUGAAGAAGAAGAAGAAGAAGAAAAAAAACAGAAACAAAAACAAAUGCAAGGGAAAGAAGAGACGAGAAAACACAGAAACAAAAGGACAGCAGGUACAAAGAAAGAUUCUAUUUCCUUUACCAGUAAUAAGAAACAAUCAAAUAUAAAGAAUACAAAAACAGCAUCAUCUAUUGAUAACUCAACACCAGUAAAGAACGUUUUUAGUAGAAUAAGAGAAAAUGCUUCUAAAAUGUUUAUUAACCUAUUUAAAGAUUAUAUAAUACCGGAGACAAUUCAAAAUAAUGAAUAUAACUUACCAGAAAAUAUCACUGUCGAACAAAAGGCACAGGAAAUGGGAAAAUCAUUAGAAAAGUUCCUUUUUGAUUUUGUCAAUGAAGGAAAACCAAUUAUGAUUAAUAAAAAGUUGUAUUCUGAAAAAGUUAGAAUAAUCUAUUCAAAUGCCAAAGACAUUAAAAAUUUGAAAUUGAAAUGCAAGAUCAUGAACGAUGAAUUAUCCUUAGAAGAUUUAGUUAAAUUAGAUUCCUCACAACUGAUUAACCCAGAUUUACAAUCUUUUAAAAAGAAAAUUGAUUCAAAAGUCAUGGAUCAAGUCGUUUUCGAAGUUCUCUCAGAUAAACCGAUUUAUAUAAAGACACAUAGAGGUGAAGAAUUGAUGGAAAGGUACAGUUCCGAUUCAAGUGCUAAGAACGUUAGUUAUGAUACAAAUGAUAACUUAGAAAGUGAUUUUAUAAUAAAGAAUCGUACUAUUAAAGUGCAUAAUGAUGACAAUGAUGAUUCUCAUAACAGUACCGCUUCUCAUGAAGAAAAUAAAACUGAAGAAGCAGAUUCAAUUCAAAAAAACAUAUUUUGUCAAAAAGUAAAUAUUAAAAUACCAGAAAUCUUAUCUUCACCAUCACUAAUGAACAAUGCUAUAUACUUAUCUUGUAGCAAUCCAAAUUUGCGUCAUCCAUACAAGGAAUGUCUCUUGAAUGGAAACCUAACGGUGGAAGGUAGAUUAACGACAUCUAAAGCAUAUACAUAUUUAAAUGAGGUUAAAACCUCUCGAAAUAUUCUUGCGUAUUAUUUGAAAGACUAUUCAGUCCACAAUUAUGCUGAACUUGUUGACUGGAUGCUACUAAACGAUAAAGUUUUAGGUAUAAAAUGUCCUAAAAUUUAUGUUAAAAAUAUAUAUCUUAUUGCAAGUAAUAGCGGUGAGUAUCCUCCAAUCAUUAAUGAAUUGUUUCCUGAACAAAACUUUUCAAGCAUGAUAAAAUAUUCUGAACUAAAAUUAUUUGUAUUAGUAGUUAUAAAACCUGAAUUGAUCCCCUAA